GCUUUGUUUCCAUUUUGUCUGUUUUUCUCUCCCUCACAGGUUCAAGACAGGACAGAUUAAUGGGGACUUACUCAUAUACCACGUCCUUCUCACCCUCAAACCAUACUACGCCAAACCAUAUGAGCUAGUAGUGGACUUGACGCAUGCUGGUCCGAGCAACCGCUUCAAGACCGACUUCCUCUCCAAAUGGUUUGUUGUUUUUCCAGGAUUUGCUUACGAGAAUGUGGCCACCAUCUACAUCUAUAACUGUAACACAUGGGUACGAGAAUACACCAAGUACCAUGAGAGACUGCUGACAGGCCUCAAAGGCAGCAAGAAGUUACUGUUCAUUGACUCGCCCUCACGGCUGGCUGAGUAUGUGGAACCAGAGCAACAGAAGCUUCCGGCAGCUACUCUUGCACUGGAAGAAGACCUGAAGGUCUUUCACAAUGCCCUAAAACUGGCCCAUAAAGACACCAAAGUGUCCAUUAAGGUGGGCAGUACGGCAGUGCAGGUGACCUCAGCCGAACGAACACGAGUCUUGGGUCAGUCUGUCUUCCUCAACGACAUCUACUAUGCUUCAGAGAUUGAGGAGAUCUGCCUAGUGGAUGAAAAUCAGUUCACGCUGACCAUUGCUAACCAGGGCACGCCGUUGACCUUCAUGCACCAGGAGUGUGAGAGCAUAGUUCACUCCAUUAUCCACAUUCGUACGCGUUGGGAGCUCUCUCAGCCCGACUCCAUCCCCCAGCACACCAAGAUCAGGCCCAAAGACGUUCCGGGGACCCUUCUCAACAUCGCCCUCCUCAACCUGGGAAGCUCUGACCCCAGUUUAAGGUCUGCAGCUUACAACCUCCUGUGUGCCUUAACUUGCACCUUUAACCUAAAGAUUGAAGGCCAACUGCUGGAAACCUCUGGCCUCUGCAUCCCUGCCAAUAAUACCCUCUUCAUCGUGUCCAUUAGCAAGACUCUAGCAGCUAAUGAGCCUCACCUGACCCUGGAGUUCCUGGAGGAGUGUAUCUCUGGCUUCAGCAAGUCCAGCAUAGAACUAAAGCACCUGUGUUUGGAGUACAUGACUCCCUGGCUGCUGAACCUGGUACGCUUCUGCAAGCACAGCGACGAUGCCAAGCGCCAACGAGUCACUGCCAUUCUGGACAAACUCAUUACCAUGACAAUCAACGAAAAGCAGAUGUAUCCAUCCAUUCAGGCCAAGAUCUGGGGAAGCCUGGGACAGAUAACAGAUCUACUUGAUGUAGUUCUGGAUAGUUUUAUUAAAACCAGUGCAACUGGAGGUCUCGGAUCCAUCAAAGCUGAAGUGAUGGCAGACACAGCAGUGGCUUUGGCCUCUGGUAACGUCAAACUGGUGUCUAGCAAGGUGAUCAUUCGGAUGUGUAAAAUCAUCGACAAGACGUGUCUAUCACCCACACCAACAUUGGAGCAGCACCUGAUGUGGGAUGAUAUCGCUAUCCUGGCCAGGUACAUGCUUAUGCUGUCCUUCAACAACUCUCUGGAUGUUGCCGCCCACCUGCCCUACCUCUUCCAUGUCGUGACCCUGCUGGUGGCCACGGGGCCUCUUUCGCUGCGGGCAUCCACGCAUGGCCUGGUUAUCAACAUCAUCCACUCCCUCUGCACAUGCUCCCAGCUGAGUUUCAGCGAGGAGACCAAGCAGGUGUUGCGUCUAAGUCUGACAGAGUUCUCCCUGCCAAAGUUCUACCUGCUGUUCGGCAUCAGCAAGGUCAAAUCAGCUGCGGUCAUCGCCUUUCGUUCCAGCUACAGGGAUCGUUCGUUUCCUCCGGGCUCCUACGAGAGAGAGACCUUUGCUCUGUCAUCCCUGGAGACGGUCACAGAGGCAUUGCUGGAGAUCAUGGAG